CGUGAAGUUCCUUCUGGUUUAGGCCUGGCUUCAUCUGCAGAACACAGCGAGCUUUUCCUGAGAAAGGUGCGCCUCACUUCGACCUGUCCCUCUUGACAUGCGUCUGUCUUGCAACGGGAGGCUACCAGCCGUGACGAAGAUCUCAUCUCGUGUCACAAUUUCGUGCCGUGUUACAGCUCCUUGCCAACGUGCCUGAUCAUACUGCUCAAGAAUAUCGGAAAAAGACACGCAGCUCUAGCGUUGGGACAGGCGAGGUGAGGAAGGUGACUCACCAUCAUGCAAGUUUCCGCCUGCGUGAAGCUCAUCACCGGCCUUACUAGUGCCGAGUGGAAAGCGAUAUUCGAAAUAUCAGACGCUGCCCAACACCUCGGCCUGGACGCGGCCCAAACAGAAUUGAAAUUAGUAGCCUACUGCGAUCGGGUCGUGCAGAGAGUUACGUUCUUCUAUGACGUGGAAGAGUGGACGCCGAAUGAAUGCCGUCAGAAGGCGAGCGUGCAAUACUCGCGUCAACUCCGGCUCGUCCACUUCCUCGUCGUGGCCCCCGAAGUCCUACUUGAAUUUACCGCGAGGUGCCUUGAGCUCCGCAGUGCAAACCUCGUCGUCGAGCCACCGGCGCUCUUUCGGCUGCUGCCUCAGAGGCUGGUACGCCUGAAGAUGAGGCGAUGGUCUCUCUGCGAGGACGGCUGCUACGAGUGUUGGCUGGAGAAGGACGUCAUUGCGGAUGUGGGCACGCAAUGCCAGCUGCAGACUCUCAAGCUGGAUACCACCUACGCGGAAUUGGUAGCGCCGCCGCUGACAGCCGACUUCAUGAACAACGUCUCGAACGGUUGCGAAGACCAGCAGCGGCCGUGUAUCCAUGCCAUACCUAAGGACGCCGUAGGUGGGUCGAUCACCAACGCUAGUACGAAGCUGAAGACGGUCAUUCCAGGUCCGCGCAGCUCCCGUUACACUCCCUCCGCCACCAGCCUUCGUGCUGAAGCCUCGUGCAGCUUCGUCCGUCCCGAGGGCGGCCUGGAGCAGAAGGCGGCGCAUCAGGUAGUGCGCCACGCUGUCGUCGCCGCUGAAGUCGACUCGGAUGCUGCCUGCCGCUUCCUCGGAGGGACCCGGCGAGUUGGCGCGAUUAGCCUCGGCAGCUUAGUGAGCCGCGACUACCCUCUCUCUUCUUCUACGGUCGCUGUCGUCUCCUUUGCGCCAAUGUGCGACUCUGUACGCUGACCAUACAAGCACGCACUGCUUCGCAGCCAGACUCGCGCGGCGAAGACUGCGCUAUGAGUUCCUACUGUCGUGGGAUCGGGUAGCGGAGAGCGUGGUAACGAACUUCGUCAGGAGCACGCUGGCCGGAUGUGUCGCCACUGCUGCGGUCAGUUCCCGCGCAACUUGACUGUUGCAAGGUGAAGACCUAUUCGUGGGUCUUGUAGGGACCUACAUCGGUGAUCGAGCUGCCGACCGGGCGCACCUGGAAAUUGCGGAUAUUUUUUGGAUUCCCUUAUAGACGCCCGUAAAAUUUUCGAUGUUUUGUUUUUCUGAGUGUACGUCAUAAUUCUGAAUGUCGCGCUGUGUUCAGUAUAUAAGUUAAUAAAUAUAUACAUGACUUA